CCUAUAUGUAGCAAAUCAAUCGAUGAAAGCAUCGCCUACAGUACCUCUAAACAUUUCUACGCGGUUUAUCCUGUUAUGAGUGGCUUCGAAGUAGCGGGAGUCGCUCUCGCAGCUUUCCCAUUAAUCAUCUCCGGCCUCGAGCAUUGGCGCGAUGCUGCUAAAGUCAGCGGAUACUUCUGGCGUGUGAGGAAGGAGUACAACAUUUGCCUACGAGAGGUUCAGUACUAUGAAAUCUUAUACAAGAGAAACCUCAAGAAGCUUCUACUACUGGAUAUGAACCCACAGGACGUCACGAAAUUGAUCAACGACCCCGAUAACACUCUUUGGACUAUCAAAAAACUGGAAGUUCGUAUGAAACAGCGACUUCAGGAGUCCUACGAGUUAUACAUGGCAACAAUUCACGAUAUCCACGAGGCUUCGCAGGAAUUGAAACAACAUUUGGCUUGCGAAAAGCCACAGAUUCAAGACAAAAUCAUGGAAUCCAGACAAGAUAUAGGAAAUGCAGCGCCGAACUCCAAACUCCCACCGAAGAGCUCAAAAAUGUCCGCAGCGAGAGCAAAGCUUGAGUAUGAGACGUUUCGGAUCAGGUUCAGUCUGGGAGAUCCAGUACGGCGAACACUCUUUGACCGGUUGAAGCAGUAUACCGAAAGGCUGGACAGACUUCUCAGCUCAAGUGAUAACAUGGCGUCAUUUUACCAGGCUCAGAACAUCCGCAGCAUGGAUUCUUCCUCAUCGCUUGACACGAUUCUGAAGAAGGCUUCGAACCACGCCAAAGGCAUAUAUGAGGGUAUUUAUAAAGCCUGGCAGUGCUCUUGUCAACAUUACCACUCUGCACACCUCAAACUUGAGCAUCGCACUGUCCCCGAAUUGCCAUUUGGAAUCGUUCUAUCGUCUUCAGACACCAAGACAUCCCACAAGAACGAUUGGAAUCAGAAGGAGAUAACCUGCAACAAAUCAAAAGACUGUGUGUUUACUAGAACAGACCCUGCAACUGGGUCAGUUGCGAAAGUUAAUAUAUCAAACCCCGACCCCAAAGCAGACUCAUGCUCGGCUAUCCCAGCACCAAAACGCCGGAAGCUCGACACCCCAUGUACAAGAGCUCGACAAAUGCAGAAAUCCACCACAAAAGCCCCUCCAUCGACAAUAGAGCUCUGCAAAGCCUUGAGCAAUGAAGGACAGGGGGAGUGUCUGGGUAUCAUUGGCCACGACCCAAAGUCAUUCCACCUCCAUCAAGCCACGCCAAAAAGUAGUCCACCAGAGCCAAAAACUCCACUGACUCUGAACAGCCUGCUAUCAAGUUCUGUACUUCCUGGAUUGCCUCGAAGACAACGGUAUAAACUAGCUCUCCUCCUUGCUUCAUCUUUUGCGCAGCUCCGACGCACUCCGUGGCUUGAUUCCGAUUUCACCAAGGAGAAAAUAUGUUUCUUUCGCGAAGGAGGAGAUGAUGACGAGAAUAUAUCAUACCACGAGCCCUUUAUCAAAAAGGGCUUCAAACCCUUAGGCCCCUCGAAUACCAAACAAGACAGCGAUUUCUCCUCACUCGGGAUCCUUCUUCUAGAGCUGUGUUUCGGCCAGCGAUUGGAAGACCAUCCGUAUCGCAAGAAACACGACACUGGAUCUGGGGACGUAAAGCGCGCGCUGGAUUUGAUGUCGGCCUUGAAAUGGUCGCGGGACGUGUCUGACGAGGGAGGGGAGAAUUACGCGACUGCGGUGAAGUGGUGUUUCCUGAAGAAUGUCAAAGGAGGAGAUGAUUCUUGGAGGAGUGAUAUGGUUAAACAUGUGAUAGAGCCGCUGGAGAAGUGUGAACGGUAUUUUGGAGCCGUGAAAGCGGUGUAG